GAGCACAGCGCUGCGCCGCUCGUCGGAGCCGGCGUUCUGACGUCUUCUGCUCCCUCUACCCCCUGUCCCUCCUCCUCCUUUUUCUCCUCUUUUUCCUCCUUCUCCUCUUCCUUCUCUUUCUCCACCUCCUCCCCCUCUUCCUCCCUUUUCUCCUCCUCCUCCUGCUGUCCCUCCGCCCCUUCCCUCCAGUCCCCGUGGUCUCCCGGUGCCCCGCGGGGUUCGGGCAUCCGUGCGCCCUCGCGCCCCUGUGCCGGUGCGCCCUCAAGCCGCGCCAGCCUCCCUCCCUCCUCUCCCGGGAUCCUUGUCUGGUGUUACAUUGUGUCAAUUGAGCCUCCUUGCUCCGGGGGGGAGGAGGCGCCUCGCCGGCGUCUCAACCUCUGGCGCAUCUGGAUUCGCCUUGUGAGCGGCGCGGAGCUGCUCUGAGCCUGCCCGCUCCGGGUUUCUUGCGUCUCCCUUUUUUCUUCUGCUUUCUCCCCCUUCUCCUCCACCCCACCCCCGGCCACCAUGAUGGAACAGCAGCCGCCUGUCCGGGAUGCCCCCUCCGAGUCAGACCGCAGUCCCGGACGCCGGGAGCGGCCCGGGGCCCCGCGGCCAAUUCGGCUGGUGGCCGGACUGCUGCAGCCCGCGGUCCGGGGGCUCUUCGCCUCCCCGGACCCCAUGGCCUCCUCCUCCCCGGUCACCACCCUCACGCGAACCAUGAACGACCUCACCGGCCUGGGGAGCGAGACCCCAAAGAGAAAAAAGCAAAGCCUGGCCUUCCGGAGCAGGCUUAUUUCACUCUCCCGGGAAUCCUUGUCUUCCGAGGCCUCAGAUUCAUCAGAAUUCUCAGAUGCCGGUCUCUCCAUGGAUUCCCCCAGCCCCAUGGACCCCCAGGCAAUGGACCACGUAUUUCAGGAGGCGAUCCGAGAGGCUGGCCAAGUUCAAGAAGAGAGACUUCCCAUCAGACGCUUCCAGUCUUUGCCAAUGAGACUCCUGGGAUCCAGCCCAGCCUUGAGAAAUAUCACCAACUCCAAGACCCUGAACAUGCCCCGAAAGAGCAUGGGUGACAUCCAGACGGACAUCGGCGGCGGAGAAGACAAGGAAAAUGAGGGAUUUGUCUUCAAAAUGCCCUCCAGACCAGCGGGGCACAGCCGGUCCGCUGCUGCUGAGUGGGCCAGCCGGAGGGAGGCCUUUGCCCAGAGGCCAAACUCGGCCCCUGAUCUGAUGUGUUUCUCUCCAGGAGGCAAGGCAGAGGACCUGCGUCUCCUGCCCCUACACCGCUUCUCCGUGACCUCUGCCUCUGCCAGCGGAGAGGACGUCGGUGAUGAUGGGGAUGAUGGAUUUAUGGACAUCCUAGAAGAUGACCUGAAGAAUGAGGAGGAGGUCCCCCCAGGGAUGGAAAGCCUCAUCAGUGCUCCCUUGGUCAAGAAAGAAGAGGAAAGUGAACAGUCUUUAGUUAUGCACACCAAGUGUCGCAGACUCUUCCGCUCUCCCUCCAUGCCCAGCAGCUCUAUCCGGCCAGUCCUGAAGCGGCUGGAGAGGCCCCGGGACAAGGACACGCCGGUCAAGAACAAGCGCAGGAAGAGCGUGACCAUCCCCACCACUGCCCUGGAGGAGAAGGAAGAAGAGCCAAAACCCCGACUCCUCCGUUCCAAGUCUUUAUGUCACGACGAAAUUGAGACCAUCUUGGACAAUGAUCCCAGAGAGCUGAUUGGGGACUACUCUAAGGCGUUUCUCCUGCAGACGAUAGAUGGGCGCCACCAAGACCUUAAGUACAUAUCACCCGAGACGAUGGUGGCCGUGUUAACAGGCAAGUUUAGCAAUAUUGUCGAGAAAUGUGUCAUCCUGGACUGCAGAUAUCCCUACGAAUUUGAGGGUGGCCACAUCAAGGGUGCGGUCAACCUCCCCUUGGAACAAGACGCAGAGAAUUUUCUGCUGCUGGAUCCCAUUCUCCCCAGUGAGGACAAGAGAAUCAUCCUCAUUUUCCACUGUGAAUUCUCCUCUGAGCGAGGGCCUAGAAUGUGCCGCUUCAUCCGAGAGAGAGACAGAGCCGCCAAUGACUACCCAAAUCUGUACUACCCCGAAAUGUACAUCCUCAAGGGGGGUUACAAGGACUUCUUCCCACAGUACCCGACGUUCUGUGAGCCCCAGGAUUACCGGCCCAUGAAUCACGAAGACUUCAAGGAAGACUUUAAGAGGUUUCGCCUGAAGAGCCGCACCUGGUCGGGAGAACGGAGUAAGCGAGAGAUGUACAGCCGCCUGAAGGAGUUCUGAGGGGCUCAGGAAACCAGACUUGACCACUUUGCUCACCCCUUCCCCUCGUGUCUCCUCACCUCCUCCUUCCGCUCCCUGUCUUCCCCCAGCUGCUGGGAGAUCAGCCACACAUGACCCUCCUAGGGACCAUCCUGAAGAGGCUUCCAACCCGAAUGGGUGACCUAGUUCCUGAAGAGGCUUCCACCUGGAAGUUCCUGGAUGUGGCUUUUUCCUUUUCUGGAAUUCCAGCUUUUCCUGGGGAAAACUCCCCUUUGCUUCCUUCUUACCCAGUUAUUUAAUUAUUUGUUGGACUUGAACCGAGGGGUCCAACCAAGGCUGUGCCACCUUGGUGGUAGGUGGCAGCUGCCCACGUGCCUGUCCCAGGGGCUUCACACCCACUCUGAUGUCCGGCGGCCUACUCUUUGUGUCUGGAUCAUGGAUGCUGGGACCAUCCCAGAUCUUAGAAGGUGCUCAGUUGGCUGCUCCUCCCCUGUGAAAGGUUUUAUGACAUGGGAUCCCUUAGGAUUUCACUCCCAUCCUGCCCAGCUGACCCCUUGCUCCUCCUACCCAUGACAGGGUUUUGUGUGUUUUUUGUAUUUUUUUUUUCAUCUUUGGCCUUGGCCUGUUUUUUGUUGUUUUGGGUUUGAAAGGCAAGAGGAGCCUGGUCUGUCAUCAGCUCAGGCCCAGGUGGGGUCUCCUGGGGAGAAGAAGGGUCUCAUUCGCUCAAAGGAACAUUUGGGAAUGGAGUUUGGAUCUCUUUUCCUCCUCUAUGCAUUUAUUUUCUUGGAUUUGGUGUUUGUGCUAUCCUGAAUCCAAACAGGUUGGUUAUGCAAAUUGUAUAAGAUUGUGCUUAGGUGGGUGGGGAGGCCAUCCCCAUGUGAAUGAGGGAGAGAAUUGAGGAGUCCUCCCUCUCCGGCAACCAUUCUUGACUGCCCACUUUUCAUUUAUUUUCUAAAAACAAAGCCUCUCGAAGGGAGUUUCACUACCCCAUCCCCCUCACCCCCACCCCAGCCACCUUUGAGCCGUCGCUGCUGUUUGACUAUGAAAUUGUCCAUCCCAGAGAAAAGGACCGAGUGGGCCAUCCACAAGCCCAGGAUACCUUCUUCCACCGUGUCCAGAAAGGGCACUCUGUGCACUCCUGUCUUUAAAAAAAAAAAAAAAAAAAACAUUUAAAGGUAUAAGGGGGAUGGGAAAUGUCUUUUUUUGUUUGUUUGUUUAAAAAGCACUUGAGGAGCUUGCACAGUAUCAGGUUGUUUUCUUUUUCCGCCCAUUUGGUGAGUAGCCUGCUGGGCCUGCCACUGGGGAGGGCUUAGGGCCAGGGUGAAGAUUAAGGUUCAGGGUCUCUAAACCCAACCGGGGUGCAGUGUGGUAUCGUAGGCAAGGUGGAGGUAGCCCUCAGGCCUGAGACUCAUAGGGGUUUUUUUCCCUCGAAUCAGACCCCAAGGAUGAUUGGGUAGAGAUAGGAGAACUAGGCACUGUGGGAGGGGGCAGACAAGAGUCAGGCAUUGUGGAAAACUUCUCAAAAACCAGACAAUGUGCCCUGGGAGGGCCUGAGGAUAGGGCAAUGCUUCUGGGCACCAGGCUGCCCAGUGUGCACUACUGUGAACUCCCCAUCUAUGGUUCCCGGGUUAUCUGUGUGUGCUGGAGGAGCCGUGACCAAUAGCCUUCCCCCUGUCCCAUGUCUUGUUCUGAGCUGCCCUCCUCCUCAGGUGUGACCUCUGUGUGUAUAUCCACAUCCACGUUGAAGGCUCUCUCAUGAAAAGCACUUAAUCUGUACCUGUCACAGGACCCCUGCCCAGUGUGAGUUUGUGUGUGUAUCUGUGUUUGUGUGACCCCAUCCAUGAGUGUGAAGUGGAUUUCCAUUUUAUUUAAAAGUGAGUAGGGCUGGGAGAGAUCCAUUCCCUCACCUGAAGACAGUUACAAUACCUUUGCAGAAGGCUUCUCCAGCUCAGUGUCAGAGAAGUUAAAGGGGGUGAGGGCCUGUGACCUGCAUGGCCUUCCACCUUCCGAUUUGUUAACCUCCUCUUGUUCAAUAAAGCCCUGGAAUUUA